AUGCUGCUGAACGGUCGGAAGCCACCCUUGAGCGAUUCCGUGCAGAAGACAGUCACAGAAACGCAGUCCGCCUUGAUCGGUGGGCCUGAUGGCGAGAUCAUCCUCUCCAAGUCAUGCCCACUGCCACAGGGAGAGCUUCGAGAUGACGAACUGGCCGUGGCUGUCAAGGCGAUCGCACUCAAUCCCGUCGACUCAAAGAUGAAGGGGGACUUUCUCACGCUGGGGGCCACGCUGGGGUUCGAUGCCGCCGGCGUGGUGACGGCCGUGGGGUCUACGGCCGAGAAGCAAUGGGGAUAUCGCGUGGGCGACCGCGUCGUCGUCGCCAUCAACGGCAUGAAUCCCGUGCGGCCAACCAUAGGCGGCUUUGCGGAAUACACGAGAUCAUACGCAUGGGGCACGCUCAAAAUUCCGGAUGCCUGGACAUUUGCUCAGGGCGCGGGCGGCAUGGGCGGGAGCGCCUGGCUCACGGUUCCCUGGGCCCUCUUCCACUCGCUCGGGCUGCCCGCCGGACCCGAACUCGAGCCACUGCACAGCCGUCGUCUGACGCCGGCCGGACUCGAGCCCAAGAUCAACAUCAUCACCUCCCACAGCCUGCCUCGCAAGCCCAGGCUCAACCCCAGCGGCCGCGGCAUCGAUACCACCAACCAACAAGUCACCACGGUCCUAGUUAACGGCGGCGGCAGCUACACGGGCACAUGCGCGAUCCAGCUGCUGAAACUCGCCGGCUUCUACGUGGUAGCAACAUGCUCGCCCCGCAGCUUCAAGCAGACUAAAUCUUUCGGGGCCGACGCCGUGUUCGACUACAACUCAGCGACGUGCGCGGCCGACAUCCGCGCGCACACGCGCGACAAUCUCCGGCUAGCGAUCGACUGCAUCGCCACCCCCGACACGAUGAAGCUGUGCUACGCGGCCAUGGGCCGGGCCGGCGGGCGGUACGCGGCGCUGGACCCCUUCAGCCCCGACGUGGCGGCGACGCGGGCCGUGGUGCGCCCGAGCUGGGUGGUGGGCAUGGAGCCGCUGGGCGACGAGAUUGUGUGGCCGGCGCCGUACGGACGCGACGCCAACCCGGCCGCGCUCGAGUUCUGCAGGGCCUGGAACCCGACCAUGCAGCGCCUGCUCGACCGCGGCCUGGUUCGCCUGCACCCGCAGCGCGUGCGCGACACGGGGCUGGCUGGCGCCUUGGAGGGUCUGGCCGAGAUUCGGGCGAAGAAGUUCGCGGGGGAGAAGCUCAUCUUUACUUUGUGA